GUAGGUCGGCGUUACCAAUAUUACCAAUAUUAGCAGUAUGCACCUAUCAAAUGACAUCUUGGUACCCACAGACAUGAAUCGACAACCGCAGCCCUGCUCAGCCACGAGAGUGACCUUUACUGCGCAUUCGCUCGUGACCAAGGUGCAUGGAUAUUCCUACUCAUACACUACAUGAUGCCGGUCUCCGCGGGUCGUUGCGUCCAGCCUUUUUUGUCUCAUGCGUUUAAGCCCCUGUUCUGUCCAACUCUCCCCCCUUUUUUUCCUGCCAGCUACACCGAGAGAACAAGUUGGCCAGGGCAAACACGGCAGACCAUCCUGCCGAGCCUAAUCCUACACAGCACAAGCCUCGUAACACCCGAACCUACGAGCAAGCCCACGCAACGCACAUGCGCCCGCCGAGAUAAUAAUGCAAGUCACCGCCGCCGCCGCCGCCGCCAUGACGCAGCCGCCGCCGCCGCCCACCUUCCCCAUCUCCACCUCGGCCCCCGGCGAGGGCGCCAUCGUGGCGAGGACGCUGCCCAACGGCGCCACGGGCCUGGAGAAGAUGACGUACCAGUACCCGCUCAAGCUCAUCUCGCCGCCGCGGCCGGCCGAGCGGCCCAGCGCCCUCGUCUUCCUGCUCUCGUACGGCGGCGGCCUGGUGGCCGGCGACCGCGUCAACCUCAGCGUCGACGUCGGGCCCGGCGCCCGCCUCAGCCUGGUGACGCAGGGCCACACAAAGGUCUUCAAGGCCCCGCCCCUCCCCUCGGCCCCGGGCGUCGAGACGACGCGCCAGCGAAUGCGCGCCCGCGUCGCCGGCGCCGGCGCGGGGCUCUGCCUGCUCCCGGACCCCGUCCAGCCCUUCGCCGACAGCAUCUACGAGCAGGAGCAGGCCUUCUGCCUCGCCCCCGGCGCGUCCCUGUGCCUGCUGGACUGGGUCACCCAGGGCCGCGCCGCCCGCGGCGAGGACUGGGAUUUUGCCCGCUGGGUCGGCCGGAACGAGGUCUGGGCCGUCACCGAGGCCGCCGCCGCCGCCGCCGCCGAGCCCUUUGCCCCCUUCUCGUCCGGUAUCGGCGACGGCGACGACGACAACCAAGACAGGAGGCUACUGGUGAGGGACGCCAUCGUCCUGGACCGCCAGGGCGCCGCCGCCUACGCGGGGACGCUGAGCGACACGAUGCACGGCCACGGCGUCUUCGGCUCCCUCGUGCUCCGGGGCCCGCUGACGCGGUCGCUCGGCGAGUUCUUCAUGGCCGAGUUCGCCGCGCUGCCGCGGAUCGGGGCGCGGGACUUUGGGGGAGGAGGAGGCGAUGGGGACGGGGACGGGGACGGGGACGGGGACGACGACCCGCUCGCGGCCUGGCGCGCCGAGAGGCUGGCCCUGGAGCGGCAGCACAGUGUCCUCUGGACGGCGGCGGCCGUGCGGGGCUGCGUCGUGGUCAAGUUCGGCGCGGCCGAGGUCGAGGGCGGCCGGCUCUGGGUCGGCGCCAUGCUCGCGCGCGAGGGGAGCGUGGAGCGCAACUUUGGCAAGGACUCGAUGAUGUGCGUCCGCUAG